AUAUUAUUUAUAUGCUUUUACUUGUUUCAUUAUUUAUACAAACGAUUAAGUGUCAGCACAAUUUUGGAAAUGGUUUGGAAUUUAUUUUAAAAUAUUCGCCAAAACCUAAAGAAUUUAAAUAUGAUAAAGAUGAUGAAAUAUUUAAUAAGGAUGAUGAAUAUUUAUCUGAUAAUGAGGAUUUAUCUGAUAAUACGAAUCUUUUUUCAUAUAUUUUAGAGAAAAUUAAAACA